AUGUCUGAUCAACCGCAACACCAAACCGGUUAUGUAUCACAACCAUUCAGUUUCCAACCACAACAAAGUGAAGCACAAACAUUAGAACAAUUGACUCAAGAAAGAGAAAGAUUAAAAAAUAUUGAUGCUCAAUUAGAUAAACAAGUAGCAGAAGGUGAAUUUGGAAAUUCUACUCAAUUUUUGUCACAACAACAAACACAAUCACAACCAGGAUCACACGCACAAUCACAAUCAGAUUCACAAUCACAUUCACAUUCACAACCUAUACAACUAGAUCCAUCAAUACCAGCACCAUUAUCAGAUGCAGAAAGAAGAGAUCAAGAUUCAAGAUCAAUUUAUAUAGGUAAUGUCGAUUAUUUAUCAACACCAUUAGAAUUACAACAACACUUUUCAUCAGCCGGGAUUGUUAACAGAGUAACAAUAUUAAUGAAUAAAUUAACUGGUCAACCAAAAGGUUUUGCAUAUUUAGAAUUUUCAGACGUUGAUGGAGUAAAUAAAGCAGUUGCAACAUUAGAUGGGACAAUGUUUAGAGAAAGAGAAUUAAAAGUCAUGGCUAAAAGAACUAAUAUUCCAGGAAUAAGUGUUCCAAGAGGGAGUUUAAGAGGUAGAGGAAGAGGUGGUAUAAUGAGAGGUGGUAGAGGUGGUGGAUUCAGAGGUGGUAGAGGUAUGAGAGGUGGUAGAGGUGGAUUUAGGGGAAAUACAAGAUUUAAUCCAUAUUAG